CCGGCCUUUGGCGUCGUGAACAUUUCAUUGAAACAAAAUCAAUAGUAACGUUGUCACAGUGACAAAUCUCGUGUGCAUUUCAAACAAAUCACAUUUUCAACAAUUAAAUAUGUCCGAAGCCUUCUUUGACGAGUACGAUUACUACAACUUUGAACACGACAAGCACAUCUUUUCCGGACACAGCGGGAAGCAGCGCUCGAAGAGAGAGGUAAGCGAGCACACGAACCACUUCGACCCGUCCGGCCAUUCUAGAAAGAUCGUGACUAAGUUGGCGAACACAGAAAAAAAUAAGAAAGCUGGUAAAAAACAUUAAAUGGACAAUUUAUUGUGAAACUGACGACCAUGGCGUGUAAAAGGAUAGUGGAAAUGCCAAAUGAAAGGAGACUGUUAUUGAGGAUACCCGAGGAGAGCGCGGGUCGUGCCUCGUCGCAGAGA